GUCAGGACGUACUCUCCCCGGAAAGAUGAGAUUUCAUUUAUUUUAUUUACUGGGACUGCUCAGUGUGACAAGUUUAACCCAUGCCGCCAACAAUCUGAUCUGCUACUAUGAUUCGGCCUCGUAUUUGCGUGCAGGUUAUGCAAAAAUGAAUGCGAUUGAUUUGGAACUGGCCCUGAAAUUCUGCACUCAUUUGGUUUACGGAUAUGCUGGUCUAAAGCCCGGAACCCACGAGUUAUUCAGUUUAAAUCCGGAUCUGGACAUGUUCCACUACCAGGCUAUUACGAACCUGCACCAGAAGUUUCCUCAACUAAAAAUUCUUCUCAGUGUGGGUGGUGAUCACGAUGUGGACGAGGCGCACCCGAAUAAAUAUAUAGAGCUUCUGGAGGCGAAUCGCACUGCCCAGCAAAAUUUUAUAGAUAGCAGCAUGAUUAUGUUGAGGAGAAAUGGAUUUGAUGGCCUCGAUCUCGCCUUCCAGUUGCCCCGCAACAAGCCCAGGAAAGUGCACGGCUCUAUUGGAACUUAUUGGAAGUCAUUUAAAAAAUUAUUUACUGGUGACUUUAUUGUGGAUCCCCACGCGGAACAACACAAGUCACAGUUCACCGAUCUUGUGGGGAAUUUGAAGAGCGCAUUCCGCACUGCUAAUCUAAUGCUUUCUCUAACUGUUCUGCCCAAUGUGAAUUCUACUUGGUACUUUGAUGUUCCGAAACUGCAUUAUCAGUUUGAUUAUAUCAACGUGGCUGCUUUCGACUUCAACACCCCUUUGCGAAAUCCCGAGGAAGCCGAUUUCACCUCUCCGAUUUACUUCCUAGACGAGAAGGAUCGCUUGCCUCACUUAAAUGUGGAGUUCCAGAUUAAUUACUGGCUGCAGAAUCAUUGUCCUGCCCAGAAGUUAAACUUGGGAGUAGCUAGUUAUGGAAGGGCCUGGAAACUGACCAAAGCCUCGGGUCUGAGUGGACUUCCAGUUGUUAAAGAGACAUGUGGACCUGCUCCCGGAGGUGUGGACAUAGCCAGCUCUGAGGGUUUACUCAGUUGGCCAGAGAUUUGCUCACAGUUGUCGCAGAAUUCAUCAGCCCAAUAUAGAGGGGAAAAGGCACCGCUUCGCAAGGUCACAGAUAUCACCCAGAAAAACGGCAACUAUGCCCUACGUCCGGCGGACGAGAACGGAGAUUAUGGCAUCUGGGUGAGCUUCGAUGAUCCUGAUUUCGCCGGAGUUAAGGCAGGAUAUGCCAAAGGAAAAGGUCUCGGAGGAAUCGCCGUAUUCGAUCUGGGAUACGAUGAUUUCCAGGGACUUUGCACUGGCCAGAAAUUCCCAAUCGUGCGAUCUAUAAAAUACUACAUGGGAUAGAAUAUUUUUUUGUUACUGCUAUAGGCUGAUAUUAUAUUUUAAAAUAAAAUGUACACAUAUUAGUUAAAUACAAGAACUGGGUUCUAUCGAAAUUA